AAGGGGAGAAGCGCAGAGAUGUUUCUGUCAUGCCUGAGAGGGGUCAGAAGUCGUUAAUGGCUUUGUCAUCACAAAGGAAACAAUUGUUCGGUGAAACUGUCAGCAGAAAAAGUAUGUGUCGGUCAGGCAUGGUCACCAGGCAUAGAAUUGUCAUGGGGAUCAUCUGAGAAACAGUGAUGUAAGGCCUUUUGCUGUCUGCUGCCACCUUUUCUGGUUCAGAUGGUUCUGUCCAAUGCUGUUUCAGUGGGGGAGAAAGUUGAUUCAAGAGCCAUUUAUAAUGGGUUUUGGGGCUUGAUGGAAAACGUACUUUACAAAUACACAUCUAGUCCCUUGAACGAUGGCCUCCCAGGAGCAGGUCUGGCCAGUCCCAAUGAAGGCAAUUGGAGCACAAAACCUUUUGACAAUGCCUGGAGGAGUGACCAAAUCAGGGUAUCUUCAUAAAAAAGGAGGCACCCAGCUGCAGAUCUUGAAGUGGCCAUUGAGAUUUGUGAUUGUCCACGAGGGAUGUAUUUACUAUUUUAAGAGCAGCACAUCUGCAUCUCCACAGGGUGCAUUUUCUUUGAAUGGUUACAACAGGGUUAUGCGGGCAGUUGAGGAGACGACAUCAAGCAAUGUGUUUCCUUUCAAGUUAGUACACAUUAGCAAGAAGCACAGGACAUGGGUUUUUUCAGCUUCUUCUGAAGAUGAAAGAAAGAAUUGGAUGCUAUCCUUGAGGAGGGAAAUUGAUCACUACCAUGAGAAGAAAGAAACAAUAACAGAAUUCAGUGACUCUGGUUCCGAUGCAGACAGUUUCUAUGGCUCAGUAGAACGUCCCAUUGAUAUCAAGUAUUCUCAUCAUUCAGCAGAUAAUGAAGAUUAUGACCAGGAGGAAGAGGAUGAGUCUUACUUGCAGCCAGAUACUUCUGAUAUAGUAAAAGAUGAUAUGGUCCUGCCCCCAGCCUACCCACCUCCACCAGUUCCUCAUGUCAGAAAAGCUCCCUACUCAGAGUCAAGGGCAAAUUCCUUUCCUGGCAAAUCUCCUGUGCCAGUCCCACCACCACCUCCAAAAAGAAGCUUACCUGAUAUCAAAUUAGAGGAUAUCUUAAGCGUGAGAGAAUCUCAGUGCCGAGCUGAACCUAAUCUAAAGAUCCAACCCUCGACUCGAAGGCUCAGUGAACAGCUGCCCCCUGUACCUCCUCUGCCUCUACUCAAAAAGACUCUGGGUAUCAAAGAACCUUGCUCAUCGCCUCCAGAGCCUGUGCCUUUAGGUCAAGUUCUUGCUACUCCAGAAGGGUGUGAGAAGCUAAAAACCUUAAACCUUUCACAACGAACUCCUCCUCCACUACCGAGCCAUAAACCCAAGCUGUCACAGCUUGCUGAAAAACCAGUAGAGCCCAGAGUGCCAAGAGAACACAGUAAACCUGGACUGUUUGUGCCACCAGUGCUCCCAAAGCCACCUGUACCAACCCACCAGCCACCUGCAGUCAAGCCUAGACCUGAGAAGUUUUCAUGUCCCCAGUUACAGAGAUCACCACCAGAUGGACAGAGUUUUAGAAGUUUCUCAUCUGAAAAACCAGCACUGUCCCCCAAGCCAAAGCAACCUGAUGAUGAUUCUGAUGAUGACUAUGAAAAAGUUGGGCUGCCUGCUUCAAUAUUUCUUAAUACCUCUGAAUCCUUCGAAGUUGAAAGGACAUUUAAAGCUAGUAGCCCACGGGGACAACCACAGAAUGGAUUGUACUGUAUUAGGAACUCAUCUACCAAGUCUGGAAAGGUAUUGGUUGUGUGGGAUGAAUCUGCAGAAAAAUUGAGGAACUACAGAAUCUUUGAAAAGGAUUGCAAGUUUUACCUGGAUUCAGACAUCAUGUUUUUGAACAUGGGGAGUCUGGUUGAAUACUACAGCACUCAUGUCUUACCUAGUCAUGACAGCCUGAUUCUUCGGUGUCCUUAUGGUUACUCUAAGCCAAGGUGACAUGACU